AUGGCGUGCAGCGGUCGGCACGCGCGCAGCCCCGCGUUCGCGCGCGUCAUCGCACGUAUCGGUGAUGUGUCAUUCGAGAGCGCGCAGCACGGGAGCGUUUGGUCCGGGCGCGUCGAUGGACGGUGCGUUGCAACGUCUGCAUUGAGGUCGGUCACGGGGGGGCGUGGCGCCCGGGUAUCGCCGGCCAGGGAGCAGGUCGAGGCGGCGAAGCGAAGGCUCGACCAGGGAACGACGUGGGAGAGGCUGCAGGCGUCGUGGGAGAUCAUGAACGACCCGAGGUUCGCGUCGUACGCACAGCGAGCGCGCGGCUGGGAGCAGACCGUGCUGUGGCUGGUCAUUCUGCCCUUCCCGGCGUGGGUCAUCCUCUGGCUCGCCGACCACGAGUGGUGGCGCCGCCGCCGCUUCCACGCCUGGGGCAUGGAGCGCCGCCUGCAGCGCGUCAUCGAGAGCGCCGAUUCCCCGGACGAGUCCGGCAUCGCGGACGCAGUCGAGGAGCACCCGCAGUCGCGGCUGAACAUCGUCCGGCGCGCGCUGCUCGCGAAGAUCGACGGCGUGCGGCGGGAGCUGGCGUACAAGGAGGCCGCGGCGUCCCUGGGUCUGACGGGGGGGGGAGUGCGCGGGGCGCUCGCGACGGGCGGCGGCGUGAGCCCGCGCAUGCUGCGGCCGGAGCUGCGGUCCGCGAUCGGCCUGCGCGACGCCGACGUGGCGGAGCAGCGCGCGCCAGGCGACGGGGAGGGUCCGGCGCUGCGGGCGCCGAGGACGGACCGCGAGCGGCUGGAGCGGUGUGCGUCGGCGGACCUGACGUGGGAGGAGGCGCGCGGGAUGCUGCACCCGCGGUGGCUGUGGCGGCAGCUGAUGAUAUACAUACAGGAGGAGCCGGGGCACGAGGAGGCGCGGUGGGCGGCGCGGUGGGCGCUGCGGCGGUGGUGGGACGCGCUCAUGGUGGCGGCGCACGAGGAGGACACGUGGGAGGCGGCGCGGGCGGCGGCCGACCGCGCGUGGGGGGCGGCGCGGGCGGGGUGGGGCCGCGUGGUGGGGCCGGUCGGGGCCGGCGCGGGGCACGGUGGGGCCGACGAGCCGGGGGACCUGAGCAGACGAAGAUAG